UCGAUAGACUGUCGUCGAAGAUCCAGUAUCCAGUAUCCUCUCCUGCCAACGAUGCAGCCUCCAACUCUUCUCUUCAGUCUCAUCCAGCUCGCCGCAAUCUCCCUGCUUUGCGUCGCACAGUCGCCUCCGGUAAUUGACCUUGGAUAUGCUAAAUAUCGAGGAGUAUUCGAUCCCAGCAUAUCCAACAACACUCAGUUCCUUGGGGUGCGAUUCGCAGCGCCUCCCACUGGCUCCUUGAGGUGGCAAGAACCGCAAGCGCCGGACUUUGUGGAGGGCAUACAGAACGCUACGUCAGAACCAGACAAAUGUAUGCAAGCAGGAACAGGCGCCGGUGCCACAAAUCCUUUUCCUGCGAACAAAAGAGCCCCCCCUGUUGCAGAAUCUGAAGACUGUCUCUUCUUGAACGUGUAUAUACCUGGGCAGCUCGAUUCUCAAACCUCUAGCAAAAAUCUACCUGUCGUCGUAUGGAUUCAUGGAGGAGGUUAUGUUGCUGGUGGUGCCGAUGGGUUCUCUGGCCCCGACGCUUACGAUGGGAACGACCUAGUCCUUGAGUCUGGCAACCGAGUCGUAGCCGUAGUUAUCCAAUAUCGUUUGGGACUGUUUGGAUUCCUGGCUGGAGAGUCAGUUAAAGUAAAUGGCGUAUUGAAUGCUGGCCUUCUGGAUCAACAAUUUGCGCUUCAGUGGGUCCAGGAACACAUCACCAAGUUCGGUGGAGAUCCAAGCCGAGUCACUAUCUGGGGCGAAUCUGCUGGUGCUGGUUCUGUUCUUCAGCAAGUCAUUGCCAAUGGUGGACAGACGUCCCCGCCUUUGUUCAGAGGUGCAAUAACAAGCUCCAGUUUCCUGCCUUCACAAUAUGCGUAUAACGACGUGGUUCCGGAAUUUCUGUACAACACCGUGGUGUCAAGGACGAACUGUACCUCGGCGGCCGAUUCGUUGACGUGCCUGAGAAAUGCUGACGCAGGGGCUCUCGAAGAGAUCAAUGUUGACCUUUGUAUCAGCGGGUUUUUCGGCACCUACGUAUUUGUGCCAGUUGUUGAUGGAGAUUUCAUAAGGCAACGGCCGACGGUAGCUUUGGGGGAAGGAAAAGUUAACGGCGAGGUUGUCAUGUCCGUUACAAACUCAAAUGAGGGGCUCAUAUUCGUCGACUUGAGUACUGCAAACACUGUCCAGGUUCCUGACUAUCUGACACAGCUAUUUCCGACCCUGAGCGCUCAGCAACGUGCCGUUGCCGUUGCAAAAUAUGCUAGUCUUGGAACUCCAAUCGAACAGGUCACCGCCAUAAUGGGAGAAUCUAUAUUCGUUUGCCCCACUUAUUUCUUGCUUCGUGCUUUCAAAGGAAAAGCAUUCAAGGGUCAAUUCGCAAUCCCACCGGGCACCCACGGAAGCGACGUUGCUUAUUACUUUCCUUCUAUGAAUGCGAAUGGUGUUCCCGCCUACAACAAUACGGACUUCGACAAAGCGUUCGCCGAGUCUUUCCUAGCCUUUGUCCUGUCUCUGGAUCCAAACGAGACAUUCGAGCCGACAAUCACACCGACAUGGGAGCCUUUUUCGUUCCAACCAGGUCACGAGGUAGAAAUGCGUUUCAACGAAACCGAAAGCGGCGCUCCUGCAGUGAUGCCCAUUACUACUGCACCAGAUCUGCUUGACCGAUGCUCUUUUUGGGAAAGUGUUGGGCCAGAAAUAGGUCAAUGAAACGUGUUCGUCAAAGAUAUUAUUAGUUAUGUGUGAUUUACUGUCCGAAUCCAUCUUAAACACACAUGGAUCUUUCCUGCCUCCGUCGGAGCACAUUCUAUGUUGUCGACGCCUCUUCUACGUAAUGAAUACGGG